UUGGCGUGUGAUUUCCAUGACGUUUGGGCGCGUGACACAUAUCUUGUUUUCAUUUUGAUAAUAUUUACCAUCCGUGUACAGCACAUGCAGAGAAAAAUUUCUCUCGUGAAUUUCACUCUUGGCUCGCUAAGGAAUUCGCUCCGACAAUAGCAAUGAAUAUCGAACAGCUUCUAGAAGCUGCUAAAAUCAUCGAACAAAGAGAUGAAGGUAGGUUUUUCUUGUUUCUCAGAGAAAAUUCGUGGCACAUGUUGUUCUCACGCCCCGCUAAUGUCCUCUUUCCACCCUAAACUACAGCGAAGAAGCAGAGCCAGGCGUCUGUCAAACGCGAUAGAAAGCCAACGAAACGUUCACCGAGCUACAGGUAAGCAUUUCAAAGAGUUUUCGUCGUAGAUUUUAGAGCAGUAGUUUCAUUUCGACGCCUUUUGCCACGUUGCAUGCGAUGUGUUGAAAUUGUUGUGCUUGAGAUUAUGGCGCCCAAUGUUUUGUUCAGUGUACCUUAUGUACACAGCAGAUGCGAAGUACUUUAACGACCUUUGCUAUCUUUUGAGACAUCGAGAGUUUUGUUGAUCGCGUUUGGGGCUAUGAUCAAGAACUUGAAACUAACAAGUGUUGUAAAUUUGCUCUCAAAAACGUGCCUGAAAUGUAUCGCUGAAAUAAGCAUCUUCGUCUGCGCUCGACUCAGCGAAAGCGGACAUUGCAAUCUCAUGCUCCGGGUAUUCCCCGAGACCUGUACGGCGUGGGUUCAUCUUCACCUCAGUUUCGGUAUAUCGCAUGUUUGUCAGCGAUGUGCCAUACCAGUAAUCUCUGGGCAAUGUCCAUAAAGUGUGGGUUUGCAUUUUCGUGAGGAGUACCGCUCACGGCUUUGCUUUAUGUCCCUUCAACCUCAGCAACCUUCAUGUAUGUUUUAUAAACACCGCAGUUGUCCAUCGCAGAACUUUAUUCUGUCGUUCUGUCAAGGCAUUUUCUCCUAUAUUCUGGUAUUAUUACGGCUAGCCUUGUACUAUAUUAGGCUUUUUACCCAUGUCACAUUGCUAAUGAGGAGCUUUUGUCUCUUUUUUCCACCUUUUCGCUUUCUAUGCAACCUACUGUCAAUGCUACCAGCCGUACGACACAUAACCAGUUAGAGAAAAACCGGUAAGUACACAAGACCCACUACUUAACCUAGAAUCCGCUUUUACCAGCAAGUAUGUUAAUUCGGAAGGCAAAGGAUUUUGAAGAGGAAUUAAUGUAUUUUUCUGUUCAGAAAAGUUCGGCAGGAGGUUUCCGUUCAACAAAUGUUCCUAUCCUUUGCCACGUGGCUCACCAAAACAACAGAAUACACGUGCGAAUUGCAUACCAACUUGAAUACGUAUGCACGCGUGAAACGGUUUGCUUUUUCUUUUAAAAGGAAAAUUUGAUCCUGCAGUGGUCUCGGUGAAAAAUGCGAAUAAGUUUGGUUCUCGAUCGAGCCCUAUCCGGGCACAGUAAGUAGUGUUUUGGUCAACGGGGGCAGAUGUCCUCGCUGGUUUUGAGCGCGAAAAAAACUUUGCUACUGGCUCCUCGUGAAUGUUUAUGCCAGACUGCAAUUAUUUUGCCUGGUACCCGUCUGAAAAAAUUUUCCGCCCCUUGCGUCAGUAAAUUGUGACAAUUAGUAAACUAAAUCAGUCGAUGCCUUUGGGUUCUUAGCGAAAGGAUUGCGUGUGAUUUGCGUUCCUCAUUACGAGUGGUUUACCAAGGCCUUUUGAAACUACCGCAAACGAAUUAUUCUUUUCUUUCCUCUUUUUUGUACCGGUGAAAUUAAAAAAAAUCACGCCACACUUGACCUGUCGCAAAACUCGCCGCUGUGUGUCUAGAAGCUAGUUUUCGUGGGCGUUCAUGUUUAGAAACACUAGGAAACCAUUGUUUACGCUCCCAAUCGCAAGUUUCAUUAGCUCGAAGAUAGAACCUUGUGGUAACGCAUUUUAUCUCAACGUUGUGUUUUUUUUUUUGUUACAGACGGGCCCAUCUUAGGGACUGCCUUGAGCUACUGAAAGAAUUAGUUCCUUCGCCACCUGAACAUCAAAAAGCUACAACGCUGGCGUUACUGCAGAGUGCUCAGCAGUAUAUACAGGUAAACAGAACACUUUCGUCUCUUCCUUUUCACAUCACAACCGUGUCAUUAUGACCAAGGAAUUCGGUUCGCAAGUAUGCCCAGUAUAAGAUAAAAACUUGAAAUUCGCAACAAUCGCUUCUUAUUAAGCUCCAAACAAACCCGUUGGAUAAGCUAUGGCUUUGCCAAAUGCAAAUCUGUGAUGUUUGUAAGCUCCUGAAUCAAAAAGUGUUGUAGCAGAUGUUUUCUAUUGAAUAGGGGAAAACCCGAAAAUAUCCUUUCCAAAAUUAAUCUGCAACUCUCUGCUUUUCGUAGGUUUGUUACAAUUAUAUUCUUAGCUACUUUUUUCUUAUUUUAAAACGCCAUAGAAGUUGGCAUAACUGAGAUCUCCCUGAUUUUUUGGUUUUUAUAUUUUUUCGAAUGGAAUAUUUUAUGUUGGCACUGUUCAAAUAUUCCUCGCAUGCAAAUUAUUUGACAGAAGAUUUCCCUGUAGUCAUAGUUUAAAUUUUCUUGGGAAAUGCAAAAUCCUGGGAAGUGGAGAAUAUAAAAUCUGUGUUAGUUUUAUGAUUACCUAGCCAGAAAUCUGGAAUCGGUUCAAGGGAGAAUAAUCUUGAAACAUCUGUUGUGGAGAUCAUUUUCAGUCAGUAAACUGGCUUUACAAUGAGUGGCAAUUAUUAAUAGAACAUGUUGUGUUCUUCUUUGAUUAUAAAGAGGCCUUUGAGUAUGUGAGGAAAGAAAAAUCUACAGUGUGCGUCAUUUCAGAAUGUGUAUACCUUUUCAUGCCCAGAAUUCUGCUCUGAAGCCAUUUUUAGCCACAAAUAUGACUUAUGAACUGUAAAGUUAAUUGUGUCCUGUUAACCAAUGCAGAGUCUACCUAAGGGAUAAUUUUAUUUAAGAUGUACAUCUUUACUUCCAUCUCUUAUAUUCUCAGAGAAUAAUGUGCAUUCAUCUUGCAAUCACAGCAUUGUUGCUUCUCUGAAAUAUUUUGAUGUGAUAUUUUGUCUAGCUGCUCUGGUUAAGCUAUGCUGGAAAUUUCUGUGCGCAUGUGUUCAGGGUGUGCCCACCUGAGGGUCAGGAGCCCUGCAGGCAGCUCUUUCAGGCUCACUGUGUUGGUGUAUAGUUUAGGGCUGCUAAUUUGUGAAAAAUUCCAGGUGUAAAGCUGUAGGAAUUGUAAUUAAUCUUAGUUUUGAAAUUUUGAUGGGGCCAGGUGACAAACAAACAGAAAAGAAAAGAGAAAAAACUCAAAAAAUGUCUUAAAACCUGAGAACCUUUUCAAACUAAGCAAAGGAGAAAAGGCAAGUUGACUUCUUAUUUUGUUGUGCAAUAUUCAAGGUUGUUGACUUCAUAAUGGGAAUCUUUUUCAACAUAACCCUUCGUGUGGAAGUGUGUUUUGGGUCUGGUUGUAGGUGGCCUAAUGUACUUUGCAUAUCAUAGCACAACAAAGAAUACAUUAACAUGUCUUUUAAAAAUUAAAAACAUUUCAUUUCUGUAAGUGUUGUUGUGUGCUGAAUUCUUUAGUCAGCAUUGCUUUUCUUCCUGACAACGAAAUCUUUCCAUUCAGUUCAUUGCUUUGCUAAAUUGACAAAUUGUUUGUGGGCAACUUGAGAGCCAGAGGGAGGGUAUUUUUCCAACCAAGUUUUUAUUUUCUGCCACCUUAGCCUCUUAGUUGUAGGGGGUGCAUUGUAAUCUGCAUUUAGAAAACAUAUUAGUGAGAAUAGAUGGUCAUUUGUCGAAUGAGAAAAUUUAAGUUGUUUUUAAGGCUUGUAGUUGGCAAAGAAGUGACUGUUCAGCUUUUGUCCGUUCUCUAGAGUUGAACAAUCUGCCAAGGGCUUGUUUAGUGUUACAACAAUAAACCUGGUAUUGGGUUAAAAGGUACAUUUUGAAUUUGCAUGCAAAAAGGAAACCCUGGAGGCCAUUAUCUUUGGAGUAUUAUUUAUAUUGAUGCUGAUAUUGGAUUAGGAGCACCACUCACGUGAUCCACAUGUUUCUGUAAUUUCCUAUUUCUUGAACAUAUCUGCAGCUUGAUUUUAUCUCUGACAGGGUGUAAGUUUGUGGCAGAAAAUGCCCAGCUUGUUUUUUUUAUCAAGUCUGAGCAGCUUCAAGCACUUUGCCCGUUGUGCAGCUGUUUACAUGAUUUCCCUUCAACGAGAUUUGACAUUAGAAAAUCAUGAGAUAUUUGAAUGUAAUAUGACACUCAUUCCCUGUUUUGCAUUAAGUACUCCAACCUCUGCCCUGUGUAAACUUUGAACUUCAACAAUAUUGUUCAGCUAUCAAUGUGCUUUUCUUUUCAACAAGAAAUGACAUCAGAAAAUCAUGUGAAAUUUGAAUGUCAUAUGACUAGUACUUUCCAUUUUGCCUUUCAAUGUUCCUACCUUGCCUCAUGUGAAGUUUGAGCCUUAAAGAGCUACUAAACAUGUUUGCAUCAUGAAAUAUUGUUUUGAACUUGAAAGGAAAUUUAAGAAUUCUUGUAGGAAAUUUCUGCCCAACUAAAAUGCCUCUAUAUCUUUCAUCAUUUAACUCUCAGAUCAAAGUUGUACUUCUCCCAAAUGUCAACCAUACAAUUCUUGUGUUUGUUCAGAGAAGUUAGUAUUGGAUCAACUUAUUAUCCCCAUAUUGAUAUUUUGCUUAUAUUUUUCUUUAUUCUCAUUACUUAUCUGGUUGACAUUGUAUUGAUACUGUAAGGAGAAACUCUGUCUUGGUCACUCAUGGGAGUGAAAGGGUUAAGAGGCACUAAACAUGUUUGCAUCAUGAAAUAUUGUUUUGACCUUAAAGCGAAAUUUAAGAAUUCAUGGAGGAAAUUUCUGCCUCAUUAAAAUGCCUUCAUCUCUUUAAAUAAACCUAGUAGUACUGAAAUGUUGGACCAAAAAAGAAUGUAUACAUUCAUGGAGCCAAAAUUUAAGGAACAUUUUAAAAAAUUUAGAAUAAUCUUUAACUUUCAAAGAGAGAUGUAAAUCUUACUUUCUUUAAAAAGAUUUUUAGUGAGAACCUAAAUGUACAUUUUUUAUUUGUUGUAUUUAAAUUUUGUGCCAUGUUUCCCAAUUUUUUUUUCAUGGACAUUUGCACACUCUGAUAUGUUAUCUCUGGUACACCAGUGUAUGUUCUGCAAAAUAGACAUAAUAACUGUUUUCAAUUUGAUGUGGAACAGUGGGAUAUUUUCUUUAUUGCUGAGCACAGGAAAUACUUUUGAAUCUAUAGCUCUGUAGGUACUUCUGUCCACUAAAAAUAUGUCAGCUCUUUUUAAUAAAACUCUUGUUUCUCUAAUGGAUAAGAAGGGUUUAUGUAUUUUACAAAAUUAGAUUUAAGUGAAGCAUGAAAUCUUGCUUUGCCAAAUGUAAUGAAGACUUUAUUUCUUUUGUUUGGUUGGGAAUUAUGUUGCAUACUGCUGCUGUCUGCAGUUUUUGAAAAAAGCAUGUGGUGUUAAUUGUACUCUGAAAAGUGUUUCUAAGCUAGUGCUCUGUCAGAAAUCAUAUAUUUUUACUCACUUAGGGUAUAAAAUGCUAAGACAAUAUUCCAUUGACUUCAUGCUGUCAUUUGAUUAAUAUUUUGGUGAUAUGGGUGUUUAUUUUUUCUGUGAAGUUACAACUGCAAUCAGAAUAUUUUUCCUUAGGAAGAUUAGAAAAAAAAGGAUGUUAAAAUCUGCAGCUGUUUGUAAGGAAGAAGGAAAAAUGCAAGUUUGAAAGGAUGGUUUACCAGUGUCUGGGCUGUUUAGAGACACUGAAAACCAAAUUUUUUUAUGAAGUUUAUUGGUGAAAUUUAAUGUACAGCAUAUCAAGGCACUAAAAUCUAUUCAGCCAUUGUUUUCUGAAGAUAGAAAUCAUUUGCAAAAGUCGAUUAACAUUUUUAAUUUGGUGAAUGUUUAUAAACUUGAUUGACAAACCUGUGUUGUCCUUAGACUGUGAUCUUUCCCUAUUAUUUCCAUUUUUGACAAUCAAACUGUGAAUUUAAUAAAGUAACUCUGAAUGGCUGGGUGUUUGCACAAGAUACAUACUGUGUUUUACAAAUCACUUGAAUUUGCAUAACAACAAAAUUUUUAAUGAAAAAAGGAGGAAGAUCUUUUUUUUUGAAAUGCACUCAUAAGUUUGAUUGUAGUGGAAAUGAAAAAACUUGAUGAAUUUAUUUAUUGUUUACAUCAUGCUGAGAUUUGUAAUUAGAUAUAUUAGAGAGGAGAGAUUUUUUUUUUGGAUUCCCUUUGAAUUUGAGGAAAGAUUUGCCGAAAAAAAGAACUCUAGUUUGAAAUGUAUUGUGUUGUCACAAUUUGACUAAUGCCACUUAAUUGCCUAUGAAUUAACAUUUAAAUUGAAAAAUAGAUAAAACUUGAAUCAUGACAUACCUUUCCUUUUGUCUGUUAGUGAUGUUAUUAAUUUUUGGAGAUUGACUGUGUAAUUGUUAUCACAAUAAUUUGUUUCUGUAUUUGUGUUUGUAGGUUUUACAAAUGACAGAGAAAGAGGCGAUAGACACUAAGCGAAAGCUUGCCCAAGAGAGAUAUGACCUUCAAAGAAGGUUAGCCCUCCUUCGCGGUGACAAGGCAGUCCCAGGCGCAAAGAGGCCACGGCACUCUGAAGGCGAUUCCUCUACAAGUGGCGAGGAAAUUGAUGUGGAAAAUGAUGAGGAAGCUGGCUAUGCCAGUAGUGAGUCAGAUGAUCGUUUUAGUACUGGGAGCAGUGUGGGGAGUGAUGGGGGUUUAACUGCAAACUCGAGGAGAGUUAAAUAGUUAAAUUACGGGCAUGAUUUUCAAUGAUCAUAUUUGAUUCAUGUCUCCUAGAAUCCUGUUUUAGUUGGUGUUUCUUGCACCUAUGUGGCUUACAUAAUAAUUCAUUUGGGAAUACAGCUGGGUAGAGCAUUGGGAGGAGAGGGUAGGGGGGAGACAGUACAAUUGUAGUGAGACAAAUUUACUAAAGUUAAGGUUAAUCGUGUAUAAAUAUGGUCAGACAUAAGCAUUACUGCUCUUGCUUUUUGCGCAAGUUUAAAAACACUGCCCUGAGCUUUCAACACUGAAAUUAGGUUAAAAUCUAGGCCCUCAUAAUUAUCUGAUAGUUGCAGUUUUGCAUUUUAAAAAGCUUCCUUUUUGGGGAUGUCUUCUUUCUUAAAAAUUUGUAUCAAAGGUUUGGUUUGGCUUUUUUCAACUGGUGCUGAGCUCACAGACUGUUUAAAAUAUUUCCAGGAAGGUUUAUGCAAAAUAACUCCAGCACGUAAUAUCACUAUUCAAUCGACAACCAUCUCAUUUCUUAACAUGGGAUGUCAAACAUUUGAGCAUAGAAUAAUUUAUGGUUUACAAGAUGUAAAUAGAAAAAUUGUGUAGGAGUUGAACUUAUCCAACCAUCAAACUGUCCAUCCAAAGGAGAGAGAUACUACUAUCAAAUAAUUUCCAAACAAUCACUAUUAAAUUAUUAUGGUGUGAUGGAUGCUUUCUGCUCAAAAAUUCCAGUAAAUUAGUUGUUUGUGACCAAAAAAAAUCCUCCUGUAGGGAAGUAGUUAAUCAAGGUGAUAUCUUAAAGACCAGCUGCCUUGAAAUGACGUCAAAAUUAUGAAAUUCUAAGGCAACAUAGUGAUUAUUGACACGGCUUGUAACUUUUGAAAACUGGUAAAACGUCUGUGCCAGAGUUUCAGGUUAACUUCCGAGCAACGUUCGUUGAUCAGUCAAUUUCCUUUGUGUGGCAAAAUUACCAAAGUUGUUUUAUGUACCUAUUAGUUCAGCCUUUUCUUUCGCUCUGAGUAACUAUUCCUUGGUGAAACCACAUCUUUGAGCAAUCUCUUGUUUGCAUCAAUUGAGGUGGCAUCAAAUGGUUUAAGAGCACAUGAAGACAGACAUCAAUAAUGCAACUUUCUUGCAUUUGUACGUUAUUGCAUACCCAUAAACAUUUCUCUUCUGGCAAAAUCAUUAUGCAAUUGUUGCAACUAGAAUUCAGGAAUACACAGUCUUGUGGGUAUUAGAAACUCUUUCUAAAGGGUUCUCAGCUGUGUUGAUUCUCAGUACUAUUUCCUAGUUCAAAAUCUUGGCUUAAAAAAAAUUCCCUAAAAAUUCUGUAGAUAAUUGUAAAUUUUACUCUCCUCUGUAAAUGCUCCAGGGUUAAUUACCAAAUAUUAUAUAUUAACUAAGUAUCUCUAUUUAUGAUGUGGGGUCUUGGUGAACCGAAAGGCAGAUAAAAGAUGCCCAUGUCCAGCAUUCAAUCACUUUUCCGUCUAUGUAACUAAUAAUCUUGGAUGGUGGUUCUUGUAUUUUUAAUGUGAUCUGUAUAUAAUGUGUAUUUUUGAACCAAGAAAAAUGUACCUAAAAUGACAUUUUUAUAAAUUAUUAUUGGCAGAGUUUUAAGGAAUAGUAAAACAUGUUUUGAAC